GCACCAUCUCGCGAGAUUUGCGUUUCACGAGAUUUUAUUUAGAGCGAUAGUUUUUGAAAAAUGGCGACCGAAGGAGAAGCGAGUGGUGCAGCCUUAGAGGCGGCGUCCGGGGAAGGGGACGCUCCGUUUGGAGAUCUGGCAACGAAUAUGGAAACUGAAUCGACGAAUGGGAAAGAAACGAUGGAUCCCACGGGAGAGGGAUCGGAGGCGGCCGACACGCAGACGGGCUCCGGGGACGAGGAAAACGGCCGUCAGCUGGGCGAGGUGGAGCUGCAGUGUGCCCUCUGCAUGAAGUGGUUCACGGCGGACACCUUCGGCAUAGACACGGCGACCUCCCUCCCUUUCAUGACCAACUAUGUCUUUCAUUGCAAUGUGUGUCACCAUAGUGGCAACACGUACUUCCUGCGGAAGCAGGCCAAUCUUCGGGAGAUGUGCCUCACUGCCUUGGCCAACUUGACAUGGCGGUCAAGGACUCAAGAUGAACACCCAAAGACCAUGUUCUCCAAGGAUAAGGACAUCAUUCCGUUUAUCGAUAAGCACUGGGAGUGCAUGACCACCCGGCAGAGGCCUGGCAAGCUGACGUGGCCGAACAAUAUCGUGAAGGCCAUGAGCAAAGAGCGAGAUGUCUUUCUGGUCAAAGAGCACCCAGAUCCAGGAAGCAAAGAUCCAGAAGAGGACUACCCCAAAUUCGGACUACUGGACCAGGACCUGGCGAACAUCGGCCCUUCUUAUGAUAGCCAGAAACAGCCUACAUCCGUCUCCACUGGGACUGGACUUAAUGGUGGAUCAGCGUUCACAGGUGGACUGGCACCUGGAGGCACUGGGAAAGGGCGAGGAGCAAAGCGCAAGCAGCAGGAGGGUGGCACGACUGGCACUGCCAAGCGAACUCGCAGCGACCCCCUCUUUUCAGCUCAGCGCCUGCCUCCCCAUGGAUACCCCCUAGAGCACCCCUUCAACAAGGACGGCUACCGCUACAUCCUGGCAGAGCCAGACCCCCACGCGCCCGACCCCGAGAAGCUGGAGCUGGACUGUUGGGCGGGGAAGCCCAUCCCUGGGGAUCUGUACCGGGCCUGCCUGUACGAGCGCGUGCUGCUCACACUGCACGACCGAGCCCCGCAGCUGAAGAUUUCCGACGACCGUCUGACGGUGACGGGGGAGAAGGGCUACUCCAUGGUGCGCGCGUCCCACGGCAUCAGGAAGGGCUCCUGGUAUUUCGAGGCGUCCAUCGAUGACAUGCCCCCUGACACAGCUGCUCGCCUUGGCUGGUCCCAGCCCUUGGGCAACCUUCAAGCCCCGUUGGGCUAUGAUAAGUUCAGCUACUCAUGGCGGAGCAAGAAAGGCACCCGCUUCCACCAGUCCAUCGGGAAGCACUACUCAAACAGCUAUGGCCAGGGAGACAUUCUGGGCUUCUACAUCGAGCUGCCGGACAGCACUGAGACCGCCAAGGCCUUGCCGGACACCUAUAAGGACAAGGCAUUGAUCAAGUUCAAAAGCUACCUGUAUUUUGAGGAGAAGGACUACCUGGAUAAAGCAGAGAAGAGCUUGAAACCAGUGACCCCAAGCAAGAUGAUCUUCUACAAGAAUGGCAUCAAUCAGGGGGUGGCUUUUGAAAACCUGUUUGAAGGGAUGGCUCACCUGGAAUGCCUGCAGAAAACCUACAUGCAAACUCCACACAAAGAGUUGGGGCAGACUUGA